AAAUCAUAUGCACUAAAAUAUCAUCCCUUACUCUUUCUUUUCAUCUAAAAACAUUUACCUUGACUAAAAAAAAAGAAGCAAAAUCAAUAAUGGGAUACCUUGUAGACUCUAAAAGCAUGAAUGAGAUUAAUGGAGAUGAUGAAACCGAGCUUGGUUUGAGGGCAGUGAGGCUAGCCAACUACGUUACCUUCCCCAUGGUUUUCAAAGCCGCCAUUGAGCUUGGUGUCAUCGACGCUCUCUACUUAGCUGCUCGUGAUGACGUCAAUGGAUCAGGUUCGUUCCUCAAACCGUCUGAGAUAGCGUCUCGGCUUCCCACACAGCCUAGUAACCCUGAAGCACCGGUUUUGCUGGACCGUAUGCUUCGUUUACUCGCCAGUUACUCAAUGGUCAAGUGCCAGAUAGUAGAUGGUGAGAGGGUGUACAAAGCUGAGCCCAUUUGUAAGUAUUUUGUGAGAUACAAUGUUGAAGAAAUGGGGACACUUGCUUCUCAAUUCAUUAUUGCACACGAUAGUGUCUUCCUCAAUACAUGGUCACAGUUGAAAGAUGUGGUGUUAGAAGGAGGAGAUGCAUUUGCUCGUGCCAAUGGUGGGUUGAAGCUCUUUGAUUACAUGGGCACAGAUGAGAGACUAAGCAAACUCUUUAACCGGACCGGAUUCAGCGUUGGGAUUUUGCAAAAGUUUCUUGAAGUUUACAAAGGUUUUGAAGGAGUCAGUGUGUUGGUUGAUGUAGGAGGAGGAGUGGGAAACACAUUAGGUUUUGUUACUUCAAAGUAUCCAAAUAUUAAGGGUAUAAACUUUGAUCUAACUUGUGCUUUGACACAAGCACCUUCUUAUCCUAAUGUGGAGCAUGUGGCUGGAGAUAUGUUUGUUGAAAUCCCAAGAGGAGAUUCUAUCAUCUUGAAACGUAUUCUUCAUGACUGGACUGAUGAAGACUGUGGAAAGAUUCUCAAGAAUUGCUGGAAAGCGUUACCGGAGAAUGGGAAAGUGGUUGUCAUGGAACUAGUUGUUCCAGAUGAGGCAGAGAGUAAAGAUGUGCAGGCCAACAUUGCAUUUGAUAUGGAUCUGUUGAUGCUCACACAAUGCUCUGGAGGGAAAGAGAGGUCAAGAGGUGAGUAUGAAGCUAUGGCUGCUAAUUCUGGUUUUGCCAGUUGCAAGUUUGUGUGCCGUGCCUAUCAUUUAUGGGUCAUUGAGUUCUCUAAAUAAGAUUAAGUAAGAGUUGUUUAGCUGUUUCCUCUUUUGUGUUUUAAAUAAAGACUGUACUGUCUCAUGGUAAUAAAAGUUGUAUUGAUAUUGAGUUCACAUUUCAACUUAGAUCUUGAAUAAAUGAAAAAGAUGAUAUUGCAUGUGGUUUGGUUAGUACUUGUAACAUAAACAAUGUUGAUGUUCCUUGUUCUGUACGCAAUUCUUCACCUU